AAAAAAAAGGAGGAACUGACGCAAAACCAAAGGUUCUCUCUCUCUCUCGGGUCCCUCUCUCACGCGUAUAUAUUUUCGAACCUUGCGAGUGUGAUGUGAUUUCAACACCAUCUUCGAGAUCAACGAAGGAAGACGAAGACGAAGACGAAGACGAAUGGACUGGACGAAAGUUUCCUCUAGAUCAAGCUCUCUUACAAUUGGAGAGCAACUCUGCGCCGUCUUCGUACCUUUCUUUGUCAUUAUUGAUGUCCUCUUCUCCACCGUCGGACAAUGCUUCGAUUGCCGUCGCCGCCGAUGGACUCAGACAUGUCAGCACCCGGAUCUGACUCGUCUUGCCCUUGAAUCUCAAUUUUCAGUGAAUGAAGUUGAAGCAUUGUAUGAGUUAUUCAAGAAACUGAGCUGUUCAAUUAUUGAUGAUGGUUUGAUUCACAAGGAAGAGCUUCGAUUAGCGCUUUUCCAAGCUCCAAACCUCUUUCUUGAUAGGGUUUUUGAUUUGUUCGAUGAGAAGAAGAAUGGGGUUAUAGAGUUUGAGGAGUUUAUCCAUGUGUUGACUGUGUUUCAUCCCUCUGCACCAAUCCAGGAGAAGAUCGACUUUGCAUUUAGGCUCUAUGAUCUUAGACAAACCGGAUUUAUAGAGCGAGAAGAGGUGCAUCAAAUGGUGGCUGCUAUUUUGAAGGAAUCUGAUAUGAUGCUGUCAGAUGAACUCCUGACCAUGAUUAUUGAUAAAACAUUUGCUGAUGCAGAUUCUGACAAAGACGGUAGAAUAAGCAAGGAGGAAUGGAGAGUGUAUGUGCUUAAGCAUCCCAGCUUGUUGAAGAAUAUGACUCUUCCUUACCUAAAGGAUGUGACAACGGCAUUUCCAAGUUUUAUAUUCAACACUGAGGUUGAAGACUGAGGCAACAACACCUACAAUCUUUUCCUGCGUAUGAAAGCAGUUUUUCUAUUGUAUUUUUUUUCCCAAAUUAGUUGGUGAUCAUUGUUAGCUGUAAGUAAAAAUUUAUCUUUUGAUGCAUACAAUUCUAGACUGAUCCAUUGAAAGUAUAAUAAAGCAUUUUUUUU